AUGAGGCUUUGUCUCUUUGAUGCAGUCACAGCUAAAGAUGCUUGCACUGAACAAAUUGAGCAGACUGUCUCUGUAUGCAGAACCACAACCCCUUCAGCUUUCAUGAGGAUUAUUUCACCAAGAGAAUUUGUGGAUGUGAUACUAAUGAAGCAAUAUGAAGACGGGACGAUGCUGUCUGCUGCCACCAAUGUGGAACACCCACUGUGUCCUCUUCAACCAAAUUUCGUGAGAGGUUUUAAUUAUCCCUGUGGCUGUUUCUGUCUACCUCUUCCAGGGGAGCCAGACAGGACUCAACUCCUCAGUUUCUUUCAGACUGAUCUUGGUGGCUAUCUUCCCCAGACGGUGGUGGAUUCCUUCUUUCCAGCUAGCAUAGCUGGAUUUUAUAGCAACCUGACGAAAGCUGUUAAGACAUUAAGAGUGUGAGAAGACCAAUUGCUGAUGUCACCAGCUGAGGGUAGGAAAAAACCUGGCAGCUUGAGGGUAGGAAUAAGA